AUGUAAAGAAAGAAUUGGUAACAAGAUGUAUGUUUUUAUUUAACCCUCUAUUAGGAAGAUAAUGCAUUAUUAUAGAAUUGUGAACUACUUAAUUUUAAUUGGAAAAGAGUUUCAAAAAAUAUGAAUUUAAUCGGAUAUAAAAGAUCUGGCAAAUCUUGUAAAGAAAGAUUCUAAAAUCAAUUAAAUCCUCAUAUUAAUAAAGAUUCAUGGACUUAAAAUGAAAUUGAUAAACUUUUUCAAUUAUAAAAUAAAUAUGGAAAUAAAUGGGUAUUUUUUUAUCAAUUUACUUUUUAGAGAAAUAUUGCUAAAGAAUUACCUAAUAGAACUGAUGGACUUAUCAAAAAUUAUUUCUAUUCUUUAGUUCGAAAAGUUCUUAGAAGACUUUCCAAAACGGUAAAUAGAAAUAAAAAUGGUUAUUGAAAUAUUUUUCAAUUUAGGUUCCCAAAUGACUAAAAACUUAAAACCUUCAGUUAUUUCCUCUAUUUUUUGUGCAAAUUAAAAUGAAACUAAUAAUAACUCACUUAUUAACUAUGAAUUUGCUGACUUAUUUAGAAAUAUCAUUUUCAAGUAUAAAAAUUAUAACUUGUCUUAAUAAAUUGAUAAUGACGACAUAAAUAAAGUUAAAUUUAUAAUUCUUACGUUACAAAAAUUAAAGUAUUUUUAUACUGUUUUUAUAGUGAAUCUUACAAUUAUGAUAACACGAGAAAGAUAGAAACGAAAAUAAAUUAAAAGAAGGAUAAAUAAAAUAACAAAAAAAUUAAUGUUGAUAUUAAUGCAGUAUUUAUUAAAAUUAAUUAGAUUAUUUUAAAUAAAAUCAAUAAAUAACUCCCAAUUUUUACAACUCACUUAUACCCUAUAGAAAAAUUAUUCAAAAGAUAAGUAAAUUAUUUAGCUCAUCCUCCAUUAAUUAAUUUAUAAAAAAUUUCAUCUUUAAAUACUUAAAAUAUAGAUCAAACCUUUAGUUUGAGUGCAUUUCCUUUAAAAGAUCAAUAAUAAUAUUUAUUUUAUCAUCCCAUUCAAUAAUACUAUUAUGUAUGUUUUUAAAUAUUUAUUAGUCUAUGAAUUUAAAUGCUUAUCUAUAUCAACAAUAGAGAUUUAAUAAUAUGUAUAGUUCUUAUCAAAAUGAACCAUAAAAAAUUAAGGAAGAAACGGAAGAAUGA